GCUCGUGCUCGUGUCUUGGGUGUAGGAGAAGCCUUUACAAAAGCAACUACUCGAGAUUAAAGGGUUUCGAAUCAUAUAAUGACACUCAAUCCAUUUGUGAAAGGUUUGAACUCGAUAUUAGAAUUUGGAAAGCCUUUUUGCUAGGAGGUGUUCCGAAGCCAAAAUGGCCAAAGUGAGCUGGAACCAUCGAAUUCUCCAAAAUGCACGACGUACUAUCAAUAAUGAAUGCAACUGCAAUGAUGUUAUGAUAUAUUGCCUCCAUGCUUCGCUAACCAGAAUGUCUUUCUUCCGCCCAGAAACAGUGUUCAAAGUAAAAGUCUUUUUGCAACGGCCAUCUUUGGUUUGGAUACUGAACGACUUCAGUCGAUUCUGGUCGAAUUUGAAUCAGGCUGACACCGGUCGAUUCAGACUCCUGGCGGUUCCGUGGUACCGUUUUCGCCCGGAGUUGGAAUUGGACUAAAAAUAACUGGAGUCGGAUCGGAGUCCUGGAAGUCGGUUCAGAAAGUACAUCUCUAAUGGAAAUGGUGCGCGAGGGCGUACUCGUGCUGCAUCAACAUGUCACAAAUACGUCCCACCACGUACGAUCUGACCAGCUCGUCGCCAGACUCACGCACUGAUCCAGAACUGCAACGGCUGCUAGAAUCGACCUGGUCCGAACGGCAUGAUGCCGGCGUUGGCUUUCGCUACCGUCUGCACAUAGAGCGUGAGCGUAUUGCGGAAGGAAAGUUCAACUUUCUCAUUCUGCUGAACCGCAAACGGCUGACAGAGCGCCGGCAGCCGCAAGCAUUCCAGCUCGAUGCACCGUUCGAUCCGUCCCGGUUCAACUUUACCCGCGUCGAUCCGGCCGAGGUGCAGCUCGAGCUGGUCGCGCCGCCGCCGACCACGAUCCUGAUUAACAACAGCCCGGUGACGGUGUAUCAUUCGCUAGUCGUGCCCGACCGGGCGGGUCAGCACUCGCAGCUGCUCACACCGGGCGGUGUGCGUGUAGCGUUCGAGCUGCUGCUGCGCCUGCCCGACCGACGCUACCGGAUCGGUUACAACAGUCCCGGUGCGCAAGCGUCCGUCAACCAUCUGCAUCUGCAUUUGCUUCGUAUCGAUACGGAGCUCUACGUGCAGCGUGCGGAACUGCUUCCCGUGCGUGGCACUCCGUUGCUGCACCGACUGGCGGAUCAUCUGCCGGCCCAGGGGUAUUGCUUCGUGCUGCGCGACCCAACCACGGAGCUGGAGCACGUCUGCACCGGGCUGAUGAAGCUGAUCCAGGCGCUAGCGGAGCGGCAGAUGGCACAUAAUCUCUUCUGGAGCUGGACCGACCUGCACCGGGGUGGCGAGCUGCGGGCCCUGGUGUUUCCCCGCGUGACCCAGUGCGUCAACAAGGCGGCCUGCUCGUUCAAUGCCGCGUUUCUCGAGCUGUGCGGGUUCGUUUCCGUCGGUGAGGGGUACGAUUACGACCGGCUGACGGAGGACGCUAUCGUGCAGGCGCUGCGGGAAGCGCAGGGUGACGUGUACGGGACGCUGGACGGCAUGUUUCCCGUCGCUAGUGCCGAUUGAGCGUUUGGGUGGUUGAGAAAUUCAACCAUUGUUUUAAAUACAGGGCUAGGAAUGUUGAUUGAUUUAAAGUAAAACAUAUUUUAAGAGAAAGAUAGGUUAGCAAACCCGAUUUAUUUGAGGUUAGUUAAAGGUUCAACCGUCGGUCACAAAGAAACGCGCCACUAGCGUUGUAAGUUACUCGUACAACCCCUAAUAGACACGUCUGUGCUCGGAUGGUGUUGGAACGGUACCCAAAAAUAGCACACUAAUCCUAGCGCAUCGCAAAAAAAGGGUUUGAAGGCAGUUUUUCAUGCGUAAAAAUGCGGAAAGAGAGAGAGAGAGAGAGAGAGAGAGAGAGAGGGCAAACAAAAAACCCGAAGUAAACAUUCCAAAAACUGUUUAGCCAAGGCGUGCGUACACUACACCGACAAAAGCAAACCCUUACUUGAGCCGAGGAAACGACCAGCGUCCUGCCUGAAGCCGUUAUUUUGUUUUUGUUGUUCUUGUAUCUUCCAUUUCCCCCGCGGAAAAGCGGAAAAGAUGGACAGUUGAGGGCGGCCCCUCCGAAGGUGGCGCAAUGUCUUACUCAUUCUUCGUGUUCGGCUUACGCUUAACCCUCGCCAAAAAAACGCCUCCUUUAGGAAUGGAAAGCUGCUCUGGGGGCGCUAUUUUUCUUUACACCUCAUCUCCCUCUUCCCACACCGCCAUCGUCCUGUUUGCUUGCGGCAAAACGAGGAUUAGAUUAAAGGGGAUGAUCGUUUCGCGAUUAGGCGAGAUAGGGACGAGCAAAGCAGGCGGACGCACGGCAUCCGUCCCUGCAACUAUUGGGAGCGGCGUGGGUGGCCGUUGCGUUGUGCCUGGCCUGGGUUGUGAUUUGCAUUUUCCGAUCAUUAAUCACGAGGAAUGAUGGGACCCUUCGGCCUUCCACUUCAAACCGAAACCGCAGCACAAAGCAGCCGCAAAAGCUUUGAGGAAGAAAAGUGAGAAUGCGGACCCAGCGAGCUUCUCCGUGGCUUUCUCCGGACCCGGGGGUAAAUAGGUAAUAGCUGUCAAAUUUUCUGUGCACAAUGUGACAGCCGCCCCCCCCAAAAAAGCGGGGCGUCCGAUGAUGGUUGUGUUUUGGGCCGGGCGGUGGAUGCUGGCUGAAACGUGAAAUAAAAGAGCAGUGCGCUGGUCUUGA